CAGUGGACUCCGAACGACCUGCACGGAGCGGAUCAAUCUCCACCCGAGGCAAAGACAAUCGGUUUAGCACUCGAAUUUUUCCUCCCCAGUCUCCAAUUUCUGCGCGAAUAUGACGUCUGCGAUGUUUUAGAUUCUUAUUUAUCAAGGAAUAAUGGGACGGACUGGAAGUUCAUCAGCGUCACGUAAACCACUCAACAAGCGAGAAGAAAAUGUUCCCAAAACUGAUGACAGGGCUUAUCAGACCACAUCACAAGCAAGAAGGACGAAGAGGUCACCAUAUGUAUGGCUGUCCUUGCUUCUGUUGACUUUAUUUAGCUUCCAGGCCGUUUAUAAACAACAGUAUCAGAAAUUGCCUAUCCCCCUUAGUGCCGAACAAGCUGGAAAAAGAGGUUUCUCGGAGGCUGAGGCUUUGAAGCAUGUCAAGGCAUUAACUACACUAGGUCCUCAUCCUGUUGGCUCUGAUGCACUUGAAAUCGCAUUGGAGUAUGUAUUGAGAGCAGCAGAAAAAAUAAAGAAAACAGCUCACUGGGAAGUUGACGUUCAAGUGGAAACAUUUCAUGCAAAAUCUGGAGCAAAUCGUCUAACUCGUGGUCUGUUUAGGGGGAAAACACUUAUUUAUUCAGAUCUAUAUCAUGUAAUAUUAAGGAUCUUGCCAAAGUAUGCUGAUGAAGCUGGAGAAAAUACAAUUCUAGUUUCUUCUCACAUCGACACUGUUUUCUCGACUGAAGGAGCAGGGGAUUGUAGCUCUUGUGUUGCUGUUAUGUUAGAGCUUGCCCGGGGGGUUUCUCAGUGGGCUCAUGGAUUCAAAAAUGGUGUGAUAUUUUUAUUUAACACCGGCGAGGAGGAGGGUCUCAAUGGUGCUCAUAGCUUUAUGACUCAGCAUCCCUGGAAUACAACCAUUCGCCUGGCUGUUGAUUUGGAGGCUAUUGGUAUUGGAGGGAAGUCUGUAAUAUUUCAGACUGGUUCUCAUCCAUGGGCUGUCGAGACUUUUGCAUCAGUUGCAAAAUACCCGUCUGCUCAAAUAGUACCCCAGGAAAUUUUUACUUCUGGAGCCAUUAAGUCUGGUACGGAUUUCCAAGUUUACAGAGAACUUGCUGGUCUGUCGGGGCUCGACUUUGCAUAUAUGGACAACUCUGCAGUUUAUCAUACAAAGAAUGACAAGUUUGAGCUUCUAAAACCAGGAUCUCUUCAACAUCUUGGAGAAAAUAUGCUUGCUUUUCUGUUGCAUGCUGCUGCAUCCUCUAAACUUCCAAAGGACAGUGUAAUGGAAGAAGGGCAGAGUUCUGACCAAGACAAAGCUGUAUAUUUUGACAUCUUGGGGUCAUACAUGAUUGUGUACCGUCAAAAAUUUGCAACCUUGCUUCACAAUUCAGUGAUCAUCCAGUCACUUCUUAUAUGGACUACAUCUUUAGUCAUGGGUGGUUUCCCAGCUACAGUUUCGCUGGCAUUGUCAUGUUUGAGCUUGAUUUUGAUGUGGAUAUUUUCACUGAGCUUUUCUGCUUCUGUCGCCUUCAUUCUACCUGUAAUAUCGUCAUCACCUGCUCCCUAUGUUGCUAGCCCAUUUUUGGUAGUUGGGUUAUUUGCUGCCCCAGCCUUUCUUGGAGCACUGGCUGGUCAACAUGUUGGUUUUCUUAUCCUUCAAACAUAUUUAUCAAAUGUGUAUUCCACAAGAGAGCAGCUGUUGCCCGCUACCCGUGCAGAUCUGAUCAGGUUAGAGGCUGAGAGAUGGUUCUUUAAAGCGGGAUCUUUUCAGUGGCUCAUUGUUUUGAUUAUAGGCAACUACUAUAAAAUUGGAUCAUCCUAUUUAGCUCUUGUUUGGUUAGUUUCUCCAGCAUUUGCAUAUGGCUUGCUUGAAGCAACUUUAACCCCUGCAAGAUUUCCAAAGCCUCUCAAACUCGCUACAUUGCUGAUGGGCUUAAUGGUACCAAUUUUAGUUUCGGCUGGAACUAUUAUUCAUUUGGUUAGCGUUAUCAUUGGAAAUUCAGUUCGAUUUGAUAGGAAUCCAGGUAGCACUCCUGAGUGGCUGGGAAGUUUGAUACUUGCUGUUUUUGUUGCUGUCAUCUUGUGUCUGAAAUCUGUCUAUCUAUUGUCCUAUCUUCAUCUCUCAGGAGCAAAAAGAUCAAUAGUAUUUGCAACUUGCCUUCUGUUUGGCCUUUCACUUGCCGCUGUGAUGUCUGGCAUCGUCCCACCAUUUACUGAUGACACUGCCAGAGCUGUAAAUGUUGUCCAUGUCGUAGACACAACAGAAAAAUAUGGUGGAAAGCAAGAUCCUAUUUCAUAUGUAUCUCUAUUCUCUACCACUCCCGGAAAGUUGAAGAAGGAGAUUGAACAUAUCAAAGAGGGAUUUACAUGCGGGACAGAUAAAACUAUUGAUUUUGUUACCUUCUCUGUCAAAUAUGGUUGUUGGACGCAUGAUGAUGGUGAAGAUGGGUGGGACGAGUCCGAUAUUCCCUCGCUUCUUGUUGAAAGUGAUGUUAGCAGCAAUGGAAGAAUUACAAAUAUUUUAAUUGAUACAAAGGGUUCUACACGUUGGUCUCUUGGUAUCAACACUGAUGAAAUCGAAGAUUUCAAGUUUAAAGGCGAAGAGGAACUGGUUCCAGUUGGCGAUAAGAGCAGUGUGAAUGGGUGGUAUACUAUUCAAUUUUCAGGAGGGAGGGACGCACCCAAAAGUUUUGUUCUAACUCUGUUUUGGAAAAAGAACUCCACGAGGUUGGUACAGAGUAGCAGAGUUCAGCCUCCACUUCUAAAGCUGCGAACUGAUUUCAACAGAUUAACUCCAAAAGCAGAGAGGAUAAUUUCAAAGCUUCCUUCAUGGUGCUCCCUAUUUGGCAAGUCUACUUCUCCUUUCACCUUGGCUUUCUUAGCUGCUCUUCCUGUUGAUAUCUAGAUGCUAGAAAGCAUGUUUGCAAAAGAAAUAGUUUGUUGUUUCAUAUUUUUUUUAUGGUACAUAGUACGUUCAUACAUUUUUUCCUUUACUUUUACUUUUUCCGAUUCAGUAAUAUUAUAACUGUGGGG